AUGCAGGGCCCCAGUCGUGUGUAUCUCUUCGGAGAUCAAACUGCUGAUUUCGACUCGGGUCUUCGUCGCCUUCUGCAAGCCAAGAAUGACUCGCUCCUAACGGCCUUCUUCCAGAAGUGCUAUCAUGCAUUGCGAAGCGAGAUCAGCAAGCUGCCGCCAUCCGAGCGGCAGAUGUUCCCCCGCUUCACGAGUAUUGUCGAUCUUCUGGCAAGAUACCGUGAGCACGGUCCCAAUGUUGCAUUGGAAAGCACAUUGACGACCAUCUAUCAGCUGGGAUGCUUUGUUCACUACUAUGGAGACCUUGGAAAUGAGUAUCCUUCUGGAUCUGACAGUUUCAUUGUCGGCCUUUGCACUGGCGAGCUGGCUUCGGCAGCCGUGAGCUCAUCCAAGACUGUUGGAGAACUCAUGGCGGCCGGUGUCGAAACUGUUGUUCUGGCCCUUCGACUUGGAAUGUGUGUUUUCAAAGUAAAGGACCUAGUAGAGGCGAACAAGUCAGCGUCGCCCAGUUGGUCUGUGUUGGUAUCAGGAAUUCGGGAGCAAGAGGCUCAAGAGCUGAUCCAGAAAUUUGGCGACAUGAACGCUGUUCCCCGUGUUUCUCAGCCAUAUGUUAGCGCUGUUAGUCAAAAUGGCGUGACAGUCAGUGGUCCCCCAACUACUUUGGAUCGAUUCAUUGAGAAGUCGCUUUCCAAGGAACACAAGCCCAUGAGGGCUCCUAUUCAUGGUCCAUACCAUGCCGCUCAUCUGUAUGAUGAGAGGGAUAUUGACCGGAUCAUGGAAUCAUGGCCAAAAAGUGACUUCUCAGGCUAUGUCCCGCAAAUCCCCAUCAUCUCAAGUGAGACGGGGCAAGCCGUUGAAGCUCAAGAUUUUGAAGAGUUGUUAAGAUUUUCUCUCGAGGAGAUCCUUCUUAGACAGCUUUGCUGGGAUAAGGUUGUUGAUACAUGCUCCUCGACUCUGAAAAUGACCUGUGGAAAGUGCACUUUGCUGCCGAUCUCUAGUACUGCAACACAAAGCCUCUACUCAGCGCUGAAGAAGUCCGGAAUUUCCGACAUUGAGCUCGACAAUUCCAUUGGUGAUGUAAAGAAGGACUCAAAGGGUGAAAACCACAGUGGCCGCUCAGAGCAGUCCAAGAUUGCUAUCAUUGGUCUCUCUGGACGUUUCCCUGAGGCCCCCGAUACUGAAGCUUUGUGGGAUCUCCUACACAAAGGACUGGACGUUCACCGUGAAGUCCCAGCCGAUCGUUGGGAUGUGAAAGCUCAUGUGGAUAUGGAUGGCAAUCGGCGAAACACCAGCAAAGUUCAAUACGGAUGUUGGAUCAACGAGCCUGGUCUGUUUGAUCCUCGGUUCUUCAACAUGUCCCCUCGUGAGGCGUUGCAGGCAGACCCCGCCCAGCGAAUGGCCCUGCUUACUGCUUACGAGGCAUUUGAGAUGGCUGGUUUCAUCCCGGACAGCACCCCAUCCACCCAGAAGAACCGUGUUGGUGUGUUCUAUGGUAUGACCAGUGAUGAUUACCGUGAGAUCAACAGCGGCCAAGACAUUGAUACCUAUUUCAUUCCCGGUGGUAAUCGCGCUUUUACCCCUGGUCGCAUCAACUACUAUUUCAAGUUCAGCGGUCCUAGCGUGAGCGUCGAUACGGCUUGCUCUUCCAGUCUUGCUGCGAUUCACGUAGCCUGCAACUCGCUCUGGAAGAAUGAUUGUGACUCUGCCGUGGCCGGUGGUGUCAACGUUUUGACCAACCCUGACAACCACGCGGGACUUGACCGAGGUCAUUUCCUCUCGCGAGGUGGAAACUGCAACACCUUCGACGACGGUGCCGACGGUUACUGCCGUGCUGAUGGUAUUGGCUCGGUUGUUUUAAAGAGACUUGAAGAUGCCCAAGCAGACAAUGAUCCCAUCUACGGUAUCAUCAACGGCGCAUACACGAACCACUCCGCCGAGUCUGUCUCCAUCACUCGUCCUCUUGCCGGAGCACAGUCUUUCAUCUUUGACAAGCUUCUCAAUGAGGCUAAUGUUAGCCCCAAGGAUGUCAGCUACAUUGAGAUGCACGGAACCGGAACUCAGGCCGGCGAUGCUGUGGAGAUGCAGUCUGUUCUUGAAGUCUUCGCUCCCGACUAUCGCCGUGGCCCAUCUCAAUCGCUCCACCUUGGCUCUGCAAAGUCAAACAUUGGUCAUGGAGAAUCCGCCUCUGGUGUCUCCGCCCUGAUCAAGGUUUUGGUUAUGAUGCAGAAGAACAUGAUUCCUCCCCACUGUGGAAUCAAGACAAAGAUCAACCACAACUUCCCAACGGAUCUCAAGCAGCGGAAUGUUCACAUCGCUAUGGAGCCUACUCCAUGGAAUCGUCCUGCUGGUGGGAAGCGAUCUAGCUUUGUCAACAACUUCUCCGCCGCCGGUGGAAACACCGCAUUGUUGGUGGAAGAUGCUCCUAUCCAAGAGCGCACUGGCAGCGACCCGCGAUCUGUGCACACGGUGACCAUCUCAGCGAGAUCUCAAUCUGCCCUCAAGAACAACACCGCUGCUCUAAUCCAGUACAUUGACACGAACAAGAACCUGUUCAAUGUGAACGAGGCCAAGCUGCUUGCCGAUCUCGCCUACACCACCACUGCCCGACGCAUUCACCAUACAUUCCGGGUCAGCGCUACUGGAUCCACCUUGGACGAGAUCCGAACUGGUCUGAAUGCAAGUGCAAACCGUGAAAGCAUCACUCCUGUCCCUGCUACUGCGCCUGGAGCUGGUUUCAUUUACACUGGCCAAGGAGCUCAGUACAGCGGCAUGGGAAGCCAGCUAUUUGAGAACAACACCCAGUUCCGAACUCAUAUUGAACAUUUGGAUCGCAUUGCACAGAGCUUUGACUUCCCCUCUAUCGUGCCCUUGGUAGAUGGAAGUGUUCCUGUGGAGGAGCUCAGUCCUAUCGUGACCCAACUGGGAACUACAUGCAUCCAGAUGGCUUUGACCAAGUUCUGGAUUUCUCUCGGUGUCACCCCUGCAUUUGUUCUCGGACACAGCUUGGGCGAGUAUGCUGCAUUGAAUGCUGCCGGUAUUCUGAGCACCAGUGAUACUAUCUAUCUCGCUGGUCGACGAGCCCAGCUUCUCACAGAGAAAUGCCAGAUGGGAACCCAUGCCAUGUUGGCCGUCAAGUCCUCAGUGGCCCAGGUGAAGGAAUACUUGGAGGAUGGCCUCGCUGAAGUGGCCUGCAUCAACGCACCCAGUGAGACUGUCAUCAGUGGUUCUGUCGAGAAGAUUGAUCAGUUUGCCGAAAAGCUGGCCAACGAAGGUCUCAAGGCUACAAAGCUUAAGGUGCCUUUUGCUUUCCACUCGUCUCAGGUUGAUCCUAUCCUUGAAAGCCUUGAGGAUAUUGCUAAGGGAGUUACGUUCAAUGAGCCCAAGAUUCCCUUCGUGUCGGCUCUGCUCGGAGACGUUAUAAAGGAAGCCAACCCUGAUGUUCUUGGUCCCACUUAUCUUACUCGUCACUGCCGUGAAUCUGUCAACUUCCUUGCUGCUCUGGAGGCUGUCCGUCACGAGAAGUUGAUGAAUGACAAGACUAUCUGGGUCGAGAUUGGAUCUCAUCCCGUGUGCUCUGGAAUGGUGAAGUCCACCUUUGGUCCCCAGGCCCUCACUGUGGCAUCCCUCCGUCGCCAGGAGGAUGCAUGGAAGGUUCUCUCGACAAGCCUUUCGGCUCUCUACAUGGCUGGAGUUGAUAUUCGCUGGAAAGAAUAUCACCAGGACUUCAGCUCCAUGCACGAGGUCCUCAACCUUCCUGCCUACAAGUGGGAUCUGAAGAAUUAUUGGAUCCCCUAUACCAACAACUUCUGUCUCCUAAAGGGUGCCCCUGCAGCCUCCACCGCUGAAACUGCCCCUGUUAGUACCUUCCUCACAACCUCUGCCCAGAAGAUUCUGGAGACUAGUGGAGACAGCCACACAGCAACAGUGACUAUCGAAAACGAUAUCGCUUAUCCUGAGUUGAACCGUGUUAUCCAAGGCCACAAGGUCAAUGGUGCCGCUCUCUGUCCAUCGUCCCUCUAUGCGGAUAUUGCUCAGACACUGGGCGAGUUCUUGGUCGAGAAGUACAAGCCCGAGUGGAAGGAGCGUGGCUAUGAUGUUUGUGAGGUUGUUGUGCCAAAGCCCCUCAUUGCCAAGGGUGGCCAGCAGCUGUUCCGUGUUUCAGCAACAACCAACUGGGCCGAGGAGAAGGCUCAAGUGAAGGUUUGGUCUGUCACUCCUGAGGGUAAGAAGAUCCUUGAUCAUGCUACUUGCGUCAUCAAAUUCUUCGACACCCACAUGGCUGCGGAAGAAUGGAAGCGCCAUACCUACCUGAUCAAGCGAAGCAUUCAGCAUCUUCAGGAAAGUACCGAGUCUGGUGGAGCUCAUCGCAUGAAGCGUGGAAUGGUCUACAAGCUAUUCAGUGCCCUUGUGGAUUACGAUGAGAACUACAAGUCUAUCCAGGAAGUUAUUCUGGAUAGUGAGCAGCACGAGGCCACUGCGUUGGUCAAGUUUGCAGCUCCUCCAGGAGACUUCCACCGCAACCCAUUCUGGAUUGACAGCAUCGGCCAUCUUUCUGGUUUCAUCAUGAAUGCCAGUGAUGGUAUCGAUUCCAAGAACCAAGUAUUCGUCAACCAUGGAUGGGAUUCGAUGCGGUGCUUGAAGAAGUUUGACCCCAGCGUCACAUACCGUACCUACGUUCGGAUGCAGCCUUGGAAGGACUCGAUCUACGCUGGUGACGUGUACCUCUUCGAGGGAGAAAACAUCGUUGCUGUCUAUGGUGGAGUCAAGUUCCAGGCGCUAUCACGGAAGAUUCUGGAUAUGGCCCUUCCUCCUGCUGGUUCUAAGCCUGCUCCUGCUGCUGCUAAGGCCAAGCCUGCACCUAUCGAUACCAAGAAGGCUCGCGCUCCUGCAGUCAAGAAGGCUUCACCAUCUCCCAAAUCUCCCGGUUCUGGUAUUGCGGCUAAGGCUCUCAAUAUUCUGGCAGAGGAAGUUGGUCUUUCUGCUUCUGAAAUGACAGACGACCUGAACUUUGCCGACUAUGGAGUUGACUCCUUGCUUUCCUUGACAGUGACUGGACGUUACCGAGAGGAAAUGAACCUUGACUUUGACUCCAAUGUCUUCAUCGAUCAGCCUACAAUCAAGGACUUCAAGCAGCUCUUGGCCUCAAUGAGCCCCGAGAGCAGCAGUGAUGGUUCUGGCAGCGAUAACGACAUGUCAUCCGCGGCAUCCUCGACCGACCUCUCGACUCCUAACUCCAGCGGUCUUCCUACACCCGCUAACGAGAAGACCAUGGUGCUCGAGACUGAACAACAUGACACUAUGAAGCAAAUCUGUGAGAUUCUCGCAGAGGAGAUUGGUGUCCAGUCCGACGAACUUGAAGGAGAUGCAAACCUCGCGGAAAUGGGUCUCGACUCAUUGAUGUCGCUCACCGUCCUGGGCAAGAUCCGCGAAACUUUGGAUCUCGAGCUCUCGGGAGAGUUCUUUAUUGAGAACCAGUCUAUCAAUGAUGUUGAAGUGGCUCUUGACCUGAAACCAAAGGCCGCUCCAGCCCCUGAGCCAAUUCAACUUCCCAAGCAGAUCCAGGGAGAAGCACCCAAGGUCCUGUCUAGCACAGCAAUUCAGCAUCCCCCUGCGACCUCCAUCCUCCUGCAAGGAAACCCCAAGACAGCCACCCAGAAGCUGUUCCUCUUCCCUGAUGGCUCUGGAUCCGCUACUUCCUACGCCACAAUUCCAGGCAUUUCUCCCGACGUCGCCGUGUACGGACUUAACUGUCCCUACAUGCGGAACCCUGAGAACUUGAAGUUCAGCCUGGACGAGCUGACAUACCCCUACGUGGCUGAGAUCCGUCGCCGCCAGCCAAAGGGCCCCUACAACUUCGGUGGUUGGUCCGCAGGUGGUAUCUGCGCCUACGAUGCAGCCCGCCAUCUGAUUUUCGACCAAGGAGAGCAAGUCGAACGUCUCCUGCUCCUGGACUCUCCAUUCCCCAUUGGUCUCGAGAAGCUUCCUCGUCGUCUGUACCGCUUUUUCGACACCAUUGGUCUGCUACGCCUUUCCUUCGAUGACGAAAAUCUUGCGAAAAAGAUUCCCAAGACUUUCAUGGUCUGGGCUAAGGAUGGUGUAUGUAACAAGGACAGCGAUCCUCGUCCUGCACCUGCUGAGGAUGGAAGCCCUGACCCCAGGGAGAUGUUGUGGCUACUGAACAACCGGACUAACCUUGGUCCCAAUGGAUGGGAUACCCUUGUUGGCCCGAAGAAUGUCGGCGGUAUUACUGUGAUGGAGGGCGCCAAUCAUUUCACCAUGACUCGUGGUGAGAAGUCCAAGGAGCUAGCGGCGUUCAUCGCCGAAGCUAUGCAGUCUUCGUCUUAA